GACCAGAAGUCAUCAAGUUGUUUAUUAUACACAGGAUUUAACUUGAGCACUUCCUCCAACAACUUCAGGGUUCCUUGCCCAACCUCCUCUAAUACAGACUCUGGGAAUUCCCCUCUCCCCGGCUCCGCCUUGCUCUAGUUGGCCUUUUCACCUCCUCUCAGUCCUGCUUCUGGGACCCGGACCCCUCUCCUCCUCACGCCGGCGAUUUCUGGCCACCCCCUGCGGGGAGGGCGGGCCCCAGACUCCUCGCCGCCUGCCCCGCCUCCCACCCGGGGCCGGCGGCGGCCGCGCAGGCGCAGCAGGCGCGGCCGGGAGGCCGAGGGCGACCACAUCUGCCUCCGCCUCCUGCUCCUGCGGCUGCACCUGCGCUGGGCUGGUCGGCUGCGACUUGGACUGCGCCGGCCAGGGGCCCCGCGGGCGGCGCGUCGCCAUGGGCUCGGGCUGGAGCAGCGAGGAGGAGCGGCAGCCGCUGCUGGGGCCCGGGCCCGGGCUCGGGCCUAGGCCGGGGGCUGCCCGGAGAAGCCGGGAAGCGGCGGCGGCAGCGGCGGCGCUGCCCGCCGCGGCCCCGGGCCCCGGGCGGGUGUACGGGCGCCGCUGGCUGGUUCUCCUGCUCUUCUCGCUGCUCGCGUUCGCGCAGGGCCUGGUCUGGAACACCUGGGGCCCCAUCCAGAACUCGGCGCGCCAGGCCUACGGCUUCUCCAGCUGGGACAUCGCGCUGCUCGUGCUGUGGGGGCCCAUCGGCUUCCUGCCCUGCUUCGCGUUCAUGUGGCUGCUGGACAAGAGAGGUCUUCGGAUAACUGUGCUCCUGACAUCUUUGCUUAUGGUUUUAGGAACUGGUCUAAGAUGCAUACCUAUAUCAGACUUAAUGCUUAAAAGAAGAUUAAUUCAUGGAGGACAGCUGUUAAACGGAUUGGCAGGUCCAACUGUAAUGAACGCAGCACCAUUUCUCUCCACGACGUGGUUUUCUGCAGAUGAACGGGCCACUGCCACGGCUAUUGCAUCAAUGCUCAGUUAUCUUGGUGGAGCAUGUGCAUUUUUAGUUGGACCACUUGUUGUUCCAGCUCCCAAUGGGACAUCACCUCUUCUCACUUCAGAGAGUAGCAGGGCUCAUAUUAAAGAUCGCAUAGAGACUGUAUUAUAUGCAGAAUUUGGAGCUGUCUGCCUAAUAUUUUCUGCAACACUAGUUUACUUCCCACCCCGGCCCCCCCUCCCCCCCAGCGUUGCUGCAGCUAGCCAGCGACUGAGUUAUCGGCGGAGCUUUUGUAGAUUAUUAAGCAAUUUGAGAUUUUUGAUGAUUGCUUUAGCAUAUGCCAUACCACUUGGUGUAUUCGCUGGCUGGUCUGGAGUUCUGGACUUAAUUUUAACACCAGUACAUGUCAGCCAAGUGGAUGCUGGCUGGAUUGGAUUUUGGUCCAUAGUUGGAGGCUGUGUUGUUGGAAUAGCUAUGGCAAGGUUUGCAGAUUUUAUCAGAGGUAUGCUGAAACUAAUUCUUCUCCUUCUGUUUUCUGGGGCUACCCUAUCAUCCACGUGGUUCACCCUGACCUGCUUGAACAGCAUCACACACCUGCCUUUAACUACAGUGACAUUGUAUGCCUCCUGUAUUCUCCUUGGAGUAUUCUUGAAUAGCAGCGUACCUAUAUUUUUUGAGCUUUUUGUGGAAACUGUCUACCCAGUUCCAGAAGGAAUUACUUGUGGAGUUGUGACUUUUUUAAGUAAUAUGUUCAUGGGAGUACUUUUAUUUUUCCUCACAUUUUAUCAUACAGAGUUGUCUUGGUUCAACUGGUGCCUUCCCGGGUCGUGUUUGCUCAGUCUUCUCCUCAUUCUGUGCUUCAGGGAAUCCUAUGACAGACUCUAUCUCGAUGUGGUUGUCUCAGUCUAAUAGCACAGACUUGAAGGAGUUUAAAAGGAGGCUGGACAUCAAUACUGCACACUGCACAUUUGCUUGGAAUUGCACAUCUAACAGGAAGAGAAGGAGAAGAAAGAAACUUCAUCCAGAGGUUUUGUUAGGUUACAGAUUAUCACAUUAAUUUAAUUACUACUAGGUAAUAAUUAUAAGGGAUUUGAGUGAUAAUAGGGAACUAUAAAACUCUACAGAUGGCAUACCUGUGCCUAAUUCUGGGUUUGGAAGUAUGACAUCCUACACAAAAAGCACUACCUAAGUAAUUCCCCCUAUGUUUUGUGCCAGUGCUAAACUACUGAUUACUCAUAAUUAUGAAAAUAAGUAAAAAGUGGCUAUCACAUGAAGGUAGCUCCUUCCCCAAGUCCAUUUCAGAAUAGGAAGAAGUGCCACUAACUUCUAAAGAAGUUCAAACCCUAUAUCAGAUUUUAACUAUAAAAUAGCCAAGAGGUAUAUGGAUGAUAGAAAUUAGCCACUUGUACACUACAUUUUUUUCUAAUAAAGCCAUUUCUUAUAUGACUCCUUAUUUUUAAUGAGGUCAGAAGUCUUUGACCAUCUUUAUUAUGGUGAUGAAGUGCUUUCUGGUGACUUCAGAGCACAGGCACUGUGUCUCCAUCUCAACUUAGCUUUGUUUCUGUGAAAUACACUUUCGUCUAGUAGGCCCUUAAAUGAUUAUAUUAAGGGUGACUAAAUGUUUAAUAUCGUUGUGUUAAAUAUUGUAUGAAAAAGUAUAAUUUCAUUAGGGGCUAGCAUUUUGUUAAAAGUGAAAUGACAGAUCACACAGAGCAUACUAUGUCUUCCACCUGCGAAUGGUGGCAUGAGAUGUAAAGUCCAGAGCCAACAGUUAUUUACCAGGAUUAGAUUUUAUUAAGUGACCCUUGUUUGAAAAUAAUGAUUUAUAACUUUGAAACUUUUAGAUCUGUUGAGUGGUUUCUGAAUUACAUGCUUGUAUUUCAGUAUAGGUUAUGAAAUAUUCCAUUCUGUAUGGAGUCAGUAUGUUUGAGAGGGCAGCAUUUUGUCAGGACCUCUUUUCUCCCUACAGAUGAUAGCUUUUUUAAAAAAUAACAAUUGCUCAUUGGA